CUAUACGGCAUCCUUUAGUUUCCAAAAUCUAUUGUUUAUUCAUUUGCCGUCUUCUUUCUGCGAAGGAGCUAUAGACAGCCGUCGUCGUCAUCAAUCUCUCCAGAAACUUCUUUUUGUUUAGCGGUGACACGGAGAGCGAUGGGUGGAGCUCAGGCUUUGAAGAGAAUCCCUCGCAUCAAGUUCCCUGAACGACGCCCAAAACCUUCCGGUUCUGCAACUGCAACUCAGUCCCAAUCAGCAUCUUCAUCUGUUGAUGCUUUUUUCACUUCAUUCUCUAGUUCAAAGGCGCCUGCAUCUGUUGGAGGAAAAGCUUCUCUUCAGCCAAAACGAACUCCGGUAUCCAAUGAUGAAAUUGAAGCUAUUUUGUUGGGUGGCUGCAUAUGAUUUGUGAGUUUUGAUGGAGCAUAGAGAAAGGAAGACAAAUUUUGCUUAUUUUCUGAGUACUUUUCUUUUCUGAAUGUCAAACUGUAUCUUUACAGCAACUGUUGCAUUGUGAGGAUUUCGUGAUAUAAAGAACAACCAACUAAUUGACUUCAAUAAUGGACAUGGUAGGAGCUGAAGUUUUUCAGAUUCA